GUUCUGCUGUCACGGGUGCGGCAGCAGGGUCUGCAGAGGGGACAUUCUUCGGUGACACCUACCAUGCCGCAACAGGAUCCCAACUACCAAACACCGUCAUUUCUGAGGAAAGUCGCCAGCAAGUGGUAUUAUCAAAUCAGCAGCACUUUUUUGGGGCUGUAAAUUUGUGGGAG